CACAUACAAUCUCUACCGUCGCAAGAAAAUCCCACCAUUUGGUUCACAGGCUCAGUUGCAACGUCUACUGUAUGUGGUAGCCAUCAGACUAUGGCAUCUGGGAAGCACACGAAAAUUCUGUUCCUGAAUUACGACGGGGACAAAGGCGAGCUAACGGUUCAGAUUCAAGUGUACAAUUGGUUAAAUCAGCAGAAACGUUCCGGCGGGGACGUCAUAUUUGUAAGGGCUAUGUCAGCUGCUUCACUUCCGGGAAAAUUGAUUCAACCUCUGACAAUAGCGGCGAGAGUCGUCGACAACGAGGAUGGAACAUACACGGCGUAUGCGAAACCUCAUUGGACAGGCUCUACAGCAGUAAAGGCCAGGAUAGGUUCCAAGUUUGAAAAUUGGUGUCGGAGGUUCAGAGCUAUGUCGCUUUAUGGCGAUUCCGUCUUCUCAAUACCAAACCCUCAUUCAAUUUUUGUUGAGUACGAAAAGAAUGGACUCACUCAGACAGAACGCUGUUCUGCUACUCCUACCUUAUCAUUGUAUAAUGCAACGUGCAAUUUUACAGCGCAAAAUUAUAACAUGUCCUUUUACUGCGGUUAUCCAUCGAACCAAAAUUUAGAUUGCAGCAAUACCAUACUUAAAGCGAUCACUAGACCUUUCCCAAAACUAAAUAACGUGACCGAUUCUUUAGUGGUGCCACCUUUCACUGAAAUGAUAACGGACACCCUCGUAUUAGACGUGGCUUCAAGAACAAACAUAACAACAAGCGCGGUCAAAUGCAGAAAUCGAGCAGCCCUCGAGACCUGGCGUGAACAGUCGCCCACGGGUCAAGGUAUCAACGGCGGAUGGAAGAUGUUGCACUGCGUGCACCGACAAUUAAGAAAUCGGACCGAGAUACGGCGAUGCUUGUCUCGGAAACGCCUGCUCUUUCUAGGUGACUCGACAGUCAGGCAGUACUUUGAUCGCUUAGUCCGGAUGGUGAAUAAGAGUGCGAAAAUAGAAAAGAAAAUGAACGGUCUGAAAUAUUUCGACACGACGUUGCCCAUGGUAGCCGAGUGGCAGGUGCACGAGAUGCCAUACCACUGUGGUACCAGCGUAUCCCUCUGCGUUCCGGGCUCCAUAGCGGGUGCCAUGAUGAAUGUGGCUUCCGUGUACAAUGAAACUACUGAUUCUGAUAUUGUUUUAGUUAUUACGUAUAAUGCUCAUCUGCAGAACUAUCCACCAGACGUUCUUGAAAGCAGACUCAAAAGCAUCAUAGAGCCUCUAAAAUAUCUCAAACGUGUUCAUCCUCGAGCCAAGGUCUUCUUUAAAGGGCCGCAUCCGGUUUCCCAGGACAGAAAAUGGUUCGAUAUUCGAAUAUCGCUCAUGUACAGAGAAGUAUUAAUAAGUGCUUUGAAGGAUGUCUUAAAUGAUGUUGUAUACCUGGACACAUUUUCUAUAGGCAUUGCUUAUGAUGACCUCAGCCUUCAUCCCGUAAACCCAAUGAUGCAGGCGCAGAUUGACCAAUUAUUUGGUUACAUUUGCUAAUCAAACCAUUCGAUGUAGCUAUAUACGGAUUCUUUAGAACAGUAUGACAUGAUACUUUCGUCUGUUUUAUUUUGUCAUUUAAUGCCGAUAAUUGUUUUCCGCGACCGCCGACGUAUGGUCACAUCUGCGCCUUUAUUAGUAUAAUAUACAUCAAAUACUAUGCUUUAUAUUAAGUAAGAUUAAUGUGUAUUUGAACUAAAUGGUACAAAGGACGAUGUAGGGAAUAUGCCAUUAUGUUAAUGUUUAUAAGAAGUUUUCUCUACAGUAUUCAUUUAAUUUCGUUAAACUUGGUUAACAACUUGCACAAGUUGCUGCUGUGUUGUUUUGUAUUUAAAUGUAUAACUUGCCAGAAAUAAAACAUUACCGGAUGUGUUCAAGAAUUUCUCUCCUGAUACUUAAUCUGAAGUUUCAUUUUUCAUAUUUAUUUUGGUUUUGCAUAUAUGUAUAGGUUAAAAUUUAAAAAAGGGAAAGUUGUGUCGUUGAACGGAUAAAUUGCGUCUUCCUCAUUCAAGGUUUCACGUGGGAUUUCAUAAGGUCAUAUAUUUAACCACACAGGCUUCGAAGAUUAAAUUAUGCAUUUUGAACAUAUUGGUAUUCUGAUCGUACGAACAGACAACACAGAGAAUAUUGCAUUGGAAUUUCUCUGCUUCCCGACAGAGGUUAGCAAAUGAGCAUCGCUAUGGGAAAACAGGACUUAAUGCAUGUGCGUAAAGUGUCGCCCCGACUGACAUUCUGCAGAGGCUAUUCAGGGACGAUACUUCCGCUUUUCUGGUAUUUUUCGUUUAAUGGAAGUCUCUUCUUAGAGAAAUAAAACAUUUUUUUAAAGAUAGGUAUAAAGAUAACAGUAGGCAAUCGUGUUUUAAGUGUCCAGACGUGGGUACAAUUCUGUAUAAAUUAUAUUGUCCGCGGAUAAUUCUUCGAGCUAUUAACAUGCGUGUUUUGCAUUAAAAAUAUUGAACUUCCCUUCUCAGCGUUGUUGUACGGUUUAAUGAUUUUAAUAUAGACUUAAUGUGUCGUCCAUGUACUUGCCAAGAGUUAAAUAAACGUUGUUUAUUGUUGUACAUCCCGAUCUUAACUAUAUGCUAUUAUUUUUAAAUUGUUAACCUGUUUUGCAUGACUAAGGUGCAAUUUUGUUUGACAGACACAUGCAAGAAUGCAUAAAAGUUGCAUUCAUUUUUCAUCAGAUAAAUUGUACAAAGUAAGAUUUGUAUUAUAAUAUGUAGUUUGCUUGUUAUUCAUCAAUAAAAAAGCCGGUGAAUAUUU